AGGGCAGCUUUUGACCCAAAUCAAUCAUUUCAACCAGAGCUAUCCGGGACCCCGAUCACCGAAUUCUUCCCCAGUACCAGAUGAAGUCGUCCCGAUCCCUCUCAGUGAUUCAAAAGUACUCACGGGAACGCACAUCUGCAAUGGAUGUGAACUAUAUGCCAACCAAUAUGAGCAGCCUCGCGAUGAAGAAAUGGAUCUUACCCCAGAUCAGGCCACCCUGAGACGUGAAAAAUCUCGUGUUGCUGCAAAACUUCGUCGUCAAAAGGAGAACCAAGCGCUAGUGAAAUUGCGUUUGGCUCUUCCUAUUCAGUCAAGUAAGCUGCCUCCCACUGCUGGAAAAGAUGGGUCUCAGUCGAACGACGCAAACGCUUCAACAGUAUUCAAUGAUUCUUAUAACCAUCAGAGACAGAAACAUCAGGAGCAUGCGCAUUCUCGUGUUCUAACCGAGUGUGCUUUGUCUUGUGUACCCAAUUAUCGAGCAGCCAAUAGUAUUUCGCGUCAGCAUCAUCUGGCCGCCCCGGAGUUUGAGAAGGCUGUCACAGUUCGUCUUGCGGGGAACGCCCUCUGUCUUUACGAUUGGUUGUAUACAAGUCCAUCUCAGACUGCACAACUAAUUCACUCUCAGAUAACCAAAGCGCGCACACCGGAUGCGACUCAACAGUCAUCCGAAUUCAGCAACAGCUCCGGCAGAGCCCGAUCACAACACGAGGCUUCUCCAAACUCAUUCAGUUCGGAUGCUGGAACUAAUACUACGGGGCCUGUGGAUUCGGCUGCAAUCGCGUCUUGUGAUCCGCUCUCUCCCAACUUCCGAUCCCGUUCACGAAGCCGCAAGCUAUCUAACACUCCCAAGCGCCUCUCAAAAACUUCGCUGCAAUUGAUUCCACCACCGGCGUUCUAUGCGGAAUUAUGGGCCCGUUCAGAUACGGACACAUCCUCAUUUGCCACAUUGACCACAUUGCUUCCUCCUGGUCCGAAUGUUGCUCAACUAUUAGGCCAUCUGUUGCUGGACGAGGCGGAAUCUGUUGCCCCGGAUAGCACUGGCUCUUCCGAUGGUGGUGAACAAUCUCAAACAGGUCAACUUCCAGCGACCACUCCUGUCCGUCAGUCGUUCAAUGAAAGCUCUGAGCUGGUAAGUUUGCCUAUUUAUCUCCAUAUAUAUAUAUAUAUAUAUAUAUAUACACUCGGCCCCAGAUUCUUUUUAUCGUCCAAACGCAUAAAUGUUGCCCCCUCCCUUAAUAAAGUGUGUUACGUUAGGGCAGUUUUGAACAUAUUGGUUGUCGUCCAUGCCAUGGGGACCAUAAAAAGUGUAGACGGAUGA